AUGGUCAUUCCACCCCUCCGCCACACCAUCAUCUUGAUUCCGAUGUUGGUGGCCCUCAAAUGGUCAUCCCACCACCUCCACCGCACAAACAUCCACAAUCUGAUGUUGGCGGCCUCAACUGGUCAUCCCACCCCUCCUCCACACCAUCAUCUUGAUUCUGACAUAGGUGGCCUGCAAAUGAUCAUUCCACUCCCUCCACCACACCAUCAUUUUGAUUCAGACGUUGGUGGACCACAGAUGGUCAUUCCACCACCUCCACCACACCAUCAUCUUGAUUCCGAUGUUGGCGGCCCUCAAAUGGUUAUCCCUCCUCCUCCACCGCACAAGCUUCCACAAUCCGAUAUUGGUGGCCCUCAAUUGGUCAUUCCACCCCCUCCACCACACCAUCAUCUUAAUUCGGACGUUGGUGGCCCUCAAAUGGUCAUCCCACCACCUCCUCCGCACAAACAACCACAAUCUGAUGUUGGCGGUCCUCAAAUGGUCAUUCCACCCCCUCCUCCACACCAUCAUCUUGAUUCUGAUGUUGGUGGCCCUCAAAUGGUCAUUCCACCACCUCCUCCGCACAAACAUCCACAAUCUGAUGUUGGCGGGCCUCAAAUGGUCAUUCCACCCCCUCCUCCACACCAUCAUCUUGAUUCUGACAUAGGUGGCCUGCAAAUGAUCAUUCCACUCCCUCCACCACACCAUCAUUUUGAUUCUGAUGUUGGCGGCCCUCAAAUGGUUAUUCCCCCUCCUCCACCACAUGACAUUCACCUUUAA